CCGCUACCUGGGCCAGACCAUCCCGAGUACGCCACGAUCCUCAUCGGCCCCGAUAAGCAUCGAUUUCGAGUCAACCAUCACCUGCUCUGCGAUGUCUCUCCCUUUUUCCAGGAGCGUCUCGAAGACCCCUUCCACUCACAAACCGUCUUCCUCUGGCUGCCGAGCGAGCCACCCGCCAUGUUCCGCCUAUUCGUCGAGUGGGUGCACAAUCCUGAUGGCUUCCGCGAGCAUCUCGACAACGUCAUCAGCGCGGCGCCCAAGAAGAGCAGCAAAGCGUGCCUCGACAUCCACUGGGCCAUCAUCCAUCUGCAUCUCUUUGCUUCCCAGCUCGACCUCUGCUAUCUGCAGGACGUCUCCAUCGAUGCCAUCCAGGAUCUCUACCUCAAAUACGACUGGGAUGUGCCUCCCAAGCUGGUCACCUACCUCUACACCGAAUGUGAAACAGGGCCGUCAAUACGCCUCCGCCUGUGGGCCGUGGCCAUGGUCGCAUUCUGCCUGGCCGUGGGCGGCCAGCCCAAGUUCUCAGGCCAAGACCUGGCCACUUCCUAUCCCGCACAAAUCCAUGCCCUCUUCCAGUCGCUACCCAGGUUCUCCGCCGACUAUACCCAGCACAUGGAGUGCAUGAGGGACGCAGGCCACGAUGUCCAGCUCAAGAACCCUCAGCUCCGCAUCUCGGCCAACAACCUGGGCAACAACAAGCGGCUGUUUGGGUUUCGAGAGUGCUCGUUUCACUCUCAUCGGUCCGCCGUUGGCGAGGGCCUGUGUCCUCAU